CACGCACAACAGACACUCUUCAGUCUUUAGCUCGACUGGAAUAAAAUAGCUCGGUCCGGAGACGGCUGACGCGGUGAUUGAGACAAUGGGGAUCGGGAUGGGUCUCAAUCUCCUCCUCUUGCUCGCCAUGGUCGCCACCAACAUCCUCUCCCUUUACCACCUCUCCUCAACGCGGAGCCCCACCCCCUCCUCUACGACUCCCGCCGACGUCCCCGACCACCUCCUCCACCAGCUCCACACUAUCCGUGCCACCAUCUCCCACCUCACCCGCCUCCGCUCAUCCUCUUCCUCCUCAUCAGCCGCCGCCUCUGCGCCGCCACCGGAGCUCCUCCUCUACUCCCGCAUUGCCCCCAUCGCCUCCUCCUGCUCCGACCACCCAGACCUCCUCCACCGUUACAUGAACUACACGCCCUUCGCCGCCUGCCCCCGCGACGACGCCGGCGCCGUAGCCGAGGCCCUCAUCCUCCGUGGCUGCCAUCCCCUCCCCCGCCGCCGCUGCUUCUCCCCCACGGCACCUAAGGUCCCUGCGUCCCUCCCCUCCGACCCCUUUCACGCUGUCCUCCCCGACGCCGCCGUCCUCUGGCCGCUCUCUGCCGCCUGCCGCUCCUUCUCCUGUCUCCCUCCCGCCCUCGGUUUCGAUCCGAAGAUCGAGGCUACCCGCUUCCUCUCCGCCCGGUCCGUCCUCGACCUUCCCCUCACCCAGCUCCUCAACCUCGCCAGAUCCGCUGGCGCCGCUCCGAUCCGCCUGGGCCUAGACGUCGGAGGCGGCACGGGGACCCUCGCGGUGCAGCUCCGGCGGAUGGCCAACGCCACGGUGCUGACCACCACCCUGGACCUGGGGGCGCCCUACAGCGAGGCGGCGGCGCUCCGGGGUGUGGUGCCGCUGCACGCACCGCUCCAGCAGCGAUUCCCUGUCCAGGAUGGGGUGCUGGAUCUGGUCCGGACGGGGCACGCCGUGAACAGGUGGAUCCCCGGGCCGGCACUGGAAUUCCUGCUGUACGACGCGGACCGGGUGCUGCGCCCGGGCGGGCUGCUGUGGAUAGACCACUUCUUCUGCCGCGCCGGCGACCUUGACGCCGUCUACGUACCCAUGAUCGGGCACCUGGGCUACCGCCGAAUCAAGUGGACGGUGGCGAACAAGACCGAUGCCGGCGGCCUCAAGAACGGGGAGGUGUACCUCACCGCCCUCCUCCAGAAGCCACUGCUUGCCGCCUCUACUGCUGUCAAAGCUUCUUCCAGCUAGGCCAGGAUAUCUCUUUUUUCCCCUUUAUUAGUUAUUGCUCAAACGAAAGCAUCACCCGAUCGAAAUAAGUAUUAUUAUUAGUAGUAA